AUGAAGGAACACUGGUUUCCCCUUUCCCCUGCCUUUCAGAGACUGCUGUUCUUCCUGGUGUUGCUGUGUCUCUCCCUCUCCUGCUCUGGGAGGACCUGGGCUCAGAGGAAACUACCCUGCGAUGUCAUCUCUCUCAACCAAUCAGAGUCCUUUGACUGCUCGGACAGGAAGCUACUCCAGGUACCCCAGGAUAUCAGCCGGAAUGCCACACAGCUCGACCUUUCCUCCAACCGGAUCAAGAAGCUCUCAGGCACCUCGUUCAGGAACCUCCGAAACCUGACUCGACUAGACUUUAGCAAUAACUUCAACCCCCAGAAACAUCCUCUGACAAUAGAGAACCAAACAUUCUCCAUGCUGGAUCAGCUCAAGGAACUGCUCCUCGAUAGUAAUGGUCUUUCUGCAGUGCCAAGUGCCCUUCCGUCCAGGCUGCGGUUUCUGAGCCUGAAGUUCAACUGCAUCAAAACCAUCAGGCCAAACGACUUCAUGCAUGUCAGACUCUUAGAAACAAUCCACUUAAUUGGAAAUUGCGACUACGGGAGUGUCUGUAAUGGACCCCUAGUCAUCGAAAACAGAACUUUCUCCCACCUCACCUACCUUGCUAGUUUAUCGCUGUCAAACAACAGAUUGAUAGGUGUCCCCCAGUUCCUCCCGCCAUCCCUCCAGCAGCUCAAACUCAAACAGAACACUAUCACCCACAUUCACCAGCAUGAUUUUAAUGGCCUCACUAGCCUGAGGCUUCUGGGCCUGUCAGGUAACUGCCCUGUGUGUUCUAACACCCCGUUUUUCUGCUCGCCCUGUAAUACAUCCAAUGGGGCACUACAGAUCCACCCAUAUGCCUUCAGGAAGUUAUCCAAGCUGCAGGAGCUGAGACUAUCCGGAAACUCUCUAGAUCACCUACAGUCCUCCUGGUUUGAGAACCUCACCAACUUACGCUACCUGUACCUUUCAUUCAACCGUCUAGUUGGUGAGAUAGCCAAUGGGGACUUCCUCUCUGUGUUACCUGGCGUAGAGGUGAUGGACUUGUCUUACAAUCACCCUGGACAAUCUUCAUAUUCCCACAACUUGAAGCUCUCUAUGAACUUUUCCAACCUGACAUCUCUGAAGACAUUACACCUAGAAAACUAUGUUUUUUCAACUCUUCACAAAAAUGACUUGAACCCACUUUACAAUUUAUCUCACCUGUCUGUGCUCAAUUUGGGAACUAACUUUAUAUAUCAGACAAACCUCUCAUUGUUUGGCAUGUUCCACAACUUGUCCAGUGUUGGCCUCUCUGAGAACAAAUUUGCUUUCCUGUCUAAGAAAGAAUAUGUUUUGUCAAUAUGUGGGUGUAGCUGUGGCUAUGAGGUGAAUAGAGACAGGUUUGGGCCUUAUGUACACAAGGAUCGACUCUAUCGUCGCCAUCUGCCUAACAUUAAGUCAAAGUGUAUUGCAUACGGUCCAGUGCUUGACCUUAGCAGAAACAACAUCUUCCACAUAAACCCCGAUAUGCUGCAAGGCCUGGACAACACAGCUUGUCUCAACCUGUCAUCUAACUCCAUUGGAGACAUGUUCAACGGUAGUGAGUUUGUACAUUUCCCCAAACUUAAGUACUUGGAUCUAUCCCGGAAUAAGAUCUACCUGCGCUAUGAGCAUGCAUUCAGUGAGCUAACAGAACUGGAGGUGUUGGACCUGAGUCAUAAUAAUCAUUACUUUGUGGUGGCAGGGCUAAACCACAGUUUAGCAUUCAUGGAAAACCUGGGUUCUCUGAAGGUUUUGAACCUGAGCUGGAACGAGAUCAGCACCCUCACUCAUAACAACAUCUCAAGCAGCUCCCUGCAGGAGUUGAACUUCCAAGGCAACCGCCUAGACAUCAUGUGGAAAAUAUGCCAGAACUAUGAACUUUUCAGGGCGCUCCAAAACCUGACUUCCCUGGAUCUGUCAUACAACAAACUUCACCGUGUACCGCCUGAGGUCUACAAACACUUCCCUAAGACCCUGAGACGCCUGUCUCUGAGUAAAAACCGACUGAAGGUCUUUGACUGGGAGACGCUCACACAACUACCGCAUCUGGAGGAGCUGGACUUGAGUAAGAACAAACUGGAGCAGGUGGUCUGUGCUUUAACCAGUUCACUAAAGUUUCUGGACCUGAGCCAUAACAGAAUUUCCCAGCUGGCGCCAGGUUUCCUCAGGGGCGCUAGGAGCCUGUAUGUGCUGGACCUCAGCUUCAACCUUUUGGAGCUCAUCAACCAGACCACGUUUGAGUCUGGAGCAGAGAACCACCUCCAGCAGCUGUCCCUACAGGGCAACCCGCUCCACUGCACCUGUGACCUGUUGGACUUCCAUCUGUGGAUGAGGAGAAACGAGGUGGAGCUCCCUCUGCUGGCCACUGAGGUGACAUGUGACAUGCCCGUGGAGAGGAGGGGCAAGUCUGUGUUGAGCUAUGACAUAGAGGAGUGUGUGAACGAUGAAAACGCAAUGGCCUUCUGCAUCAUCACGUCAUUUCUCAUCAUUCUCACUCUGUUGGUAUCUCUCACAGCACACCUGUUCUACUGGGAUCUGUCCUAUAUUCUGGACUACUGUGGUGCCAAGAUGAAGCAUCACCGUCGCUUAGUGCCCACAGACUUUAUCUACGACGCCUUUGUCAUGUAUGACACCGCAGACCCGCUGGCUUCUGAUUGGGUAUUAAACCAUCUAAGGGUGGAGCUAGAGGAGCGUGGAGAGAGGGCACGAUCCCUCUGCCUGGAGGAGCGUGAUUGGACACUGGGUAUGCCUGUCAUGGACAACCUGUCCAAUAGCGUGCGGCAGAGCAGGAAGACAGUGUUUGUGCUGACGGAAGGCUUCCUGUUGCGUGGUGUAGUCAAAAUGGCUGCCCUGCUGGUGCAACAGCGGCUGGUGGAGGAGGGGGUGGACGCCAUGGUGCUGCUGCUACUGCAGCCCCAGGUCUUGCAAUGCUCACGCAUCCUCCACCUGCGCAGGCGGCUCUGCAGGCGCAGUGUUCUGGAGUGGCCCGCGGAUGCCAGUCCAGCUGCCCAGCGAUGGUUCUGGCACCACCUGAAGAGAACCAUUCGGAAAGAUCAGAUAGGCACUCACACAUCCCUACACAGCACAUACUUCACUGGGCGGUGAACCUACAGACAUUAGAGAAACUUAUGACUCUUAGAAAGUAAAAGUUAAGGAUAUGGGUGACCUAAGACUACUGUAUAAUUUUGAAUAUUAAAUGUGGAGAGAGCAUGAAGACUGUGAUGAAGGCAACA